AUGGACAACGACGCGCAAAAGCCGAAGCCCUACAAGCGGGCCACCGAGCAACGCGUCUUUGUCAACCGGAGUCUCCGUCUCGAAAAAAUCAAAUUCUUCGGGUUUGACAUGGACUAUACGCUGGCCGAGUACAAAUCCCCGCAAAUGGAGAUCCUGGCCUUCGAGAUGACGCUGGAGAAGCUGACCAAAGUCGGCUACCCCAAGGAUAUUCUAAACUUCAAGUACGAUCCAAUCUUUCCCGUCCGAGGGCUGUGGUUCGAUUAUUUGUAUGGGAACUUGUUAAAGGUCGACGGUUUUGGCAGCAUUCUAAUGGGCAUGCACGGGCUGAGGUUUUUGAAGACACAAGAAAUCGAAGAACUCUACCCGAACAAAUUCAUCCAGCUGUCCGAGUCGCGCAUCUUCGUCCUCAACACCCUCUUCAAUCUGCCCGAGACCCAUUUGAUCGCCCAGCUGAUCGACUACUUUGACAAGCACGCCGACUUCAAGCAGAAUGCGGAAAAAACGGGUAUCCGUGGCGGGGAGAUGAUGAUGUCGUACAAAUCUAUCUUCCAAGACCUCCGAAACGCUGUGGAUUGGGUCCACAUGAAUUCAGCCAUGAAGCGCACAAUCAUGGACGAUCUGGAGAAGUACGUGAAGAAGGACGCCCGUCUGCCCCAAAUGUUGAAGGGAAUGCGGGACAGCGGACGCAAGACGUUCUUGCUGACAAAUUCCGACUACGAGUACACCAAUGCGGUGAUGACGUACUUGCUCGGCGCGGAGUGGACGUCCUUUUUCAAUCUGAACAUUGUAGACGCCAGAAAGCCCAAUUUCUUUGCUGAGGGCACAACUUUCAGAGAGGUAGACCCCGAAACCGGCGCUCUCAAGUUGGGCAGCAACACCGGACCCCUGAAGGAGGGUGUCAUCUAUUCUGGCGGCAGCUGCGAGGCGUUCAGAAAAAUGGUCAAGGCCCGAGGAAAGGAUGUUCUCUACGUCGGGGACCACAUUUUUGGCGAUGUUUUGAGGUCCAAGAAGACGAGAGGCUGGCGCACAUUCUUGAUCGUCCCCGAGCUCGACCAGGAGCUGUCAGUCUGGACUGAGAGGCGACCGCUCUUCGAAGAGCUCGGCGGUCUCGACAACCAGCUCGCCGACAUCUACAAGAAUUUGGACGCAUCCGCGACGGAUAAGCCCGAGAUUCACUCGGUCCUCCAGAGCAUCAGGAAAAUCUGCCACGAGAUGGACCAAGAGUACGGUGUGCUGGGCUCGUUGUUCCGCUCCGGUUCGAGAACGACGUUCUUUGCGUCGCAAGUGAUGAGGUAUGCCGACAUCUACGCGAGCACGUGCCUAAACCUCGUGCACUACCCGAAUUUCUACUUCUUCCGCGCGCCAAUGCAGUUGAUGCCCCACGAAUCGACCGUUGACCACGCAUCUGUGUUGAAGACAGAGAAAGCCGAAAAGUUCCGGCGCCAGGAUUCGAUUGGGCACCAAGUACGCGGCUGGUCAAAGAAGACGGCCACCGAGAACGAGUUUUUCCCGGAGGAGGAGGAGGAAGACGUCAGCAACGAGAGCUCCGAUAUCGAUGAAUUGCAUUCUGCACGACGUGGCAGCCAAAAGUCACCAUCAGCUGAUGUUGAGAAUAAUGUUUGCGACACGGACGUCGUCUCGAUGCCGCCAGCCCAAGUCGACCGCGACCACCUCGUUCGCCAGUCCAGCGAU